AUGCGGAUGAUAGCAGACUAUGGGAAGGUGUCCUAUUACUCUCUCAACACAUCCAAAACACAGGCACUAUGCAAAUACCCUGGUCAAACAACUCCAACAGACCUACAACUUCGAAUGGAGGACAGACACCCUCAAAUACUUAGGGAUUACAUAUACGAGGGCCCAUAUAGACCUAUUCGCUGCAAACUAUGUGAUG